GAAGCCGGCUCUGCUGUCCAAAGUUCCAAACCUCAGCUACUGAAAUAUCUCUACAAAACGUGCGUAUAUACAUGUAGUAGAUGUAUUGCAGGCUUCUUCGUCCAAUGUUGCCUGUCAUAAACCCUAGCUUAAUCUUCUCCCCCUUCAUAAAAUCCUCCUUCCUCUCCCUCCCCUCUCCUUCCUCUCCCUCCACCGUCCGUUGCCGCGCCGCCGAUCCCCCCGCGGGCCCUUCAUUUCCGCGGUGGUUGUUCAAUUUCCCCGCCGCCGCCGUCGACGCCGUCAGCAGUGGUAUCCCCCGACUCACCCCCGACUCCGGCCCUGCAGAGAGGCGAGUUGCUAACAACAAGAACAACAACACCAAGGUCAAUGCGAGGGAGAAGCGGUGGUCGCGGCCCGGGGAGAGCUACUUGGCCGACGACGGCGACGCUCUCCCUCUCCCCAUGACGUAUCCUGACACGUCGCCGGUUUCGCCCGAGGAGAUUGAUCGCCGGUUGCGUUGCGAUCCCCAAGUCGAGGAUUGUAAGGAAGUGGUAUAUGAAUGGACUGGGAAGUGUCGGAGUUGCCAAGGGUCAGGACUUGUCAGUUAUUAUAAUAAAAGGGGGAAAGAGACAAUCUGCAAGUGCAUACCUUGCUUUGGAGUUGGUUAUGUGCAGAAGAUAACAGCACGCAAAGAUAUUGAAGUGAUGGAGGACUUGGACAACGGAAAACCACCUUGAGCUAAAUAGAUAUAGAAUUUCCUUUUGAAUUUUUUUUUUUUCCAUCUUGGGAUUUUUUGGUACAAAAUUGGAUGAGUCCAUCUCCUAACCAAAUCCUUGUAGCAUUGGUGAAAUUUUAAGGAUCUUUGUUCACCACAAAAGCAUUACAAAAGAUUAGAAUAAGAUAUUGAUUCUUGGUGAUCA